AUGGCAACAAACAGGGUUGAAUUAGGUGAAGGGAGCUCUCUUACGGGAUCAAACAGGGGUGAACAAUUACAAUUACAAAGCACUCCACAUUUCUCAUCCUAUGAGAAUCAAGAAAGGAAGACUGAACCUCAGCAUAAGGGAGUUCGCCGUGUGAAUUUGCAAGCUGAAAGGAUGAUCAUGCCGAGACCUACUGGCCAGUUAGCUGCUAUGGUUAGACGUUAUGUUCGCUCUAAAGCGCCUCGGAUUCACUGGACACCUGAUCUCCACCGCUGUUUUGUGCAUGCAGUUGAUAUCCUUGGAGGAGAAGACAGAGCUACUCCAAAGAAGAUCUUGCGAAUCAUGAAUGUUAAAGGUCUCACCAUGAAUCAUAUAAAAAGCCAUCUUCAGAUGUACAGAAACAUGAAGGAUGAAGAAUUAGUACAAGAAGCAGCAGCUGCAAGAGAAGCAGAAGAAGCAGCUGCAAGAGCAGAGGUGAAUGAGAAGGGGAAGCACUCCUCGCAUUCAAAUGACUCGUACCUAACUGAAUCAAUCAAUAGCUCCGCUACUCCACCCUGGAAAGAUGAGAAGAAAACGAAAUCUUACCUCAUCUUUACAGAUCUAUUUCAGGGAUUAACCAAUAUUACUCGAGAAAGCAAUGAUGAUGAAGGGACCGAUGCUAAUAUUCGAGGAGCUAUUGAUGCCACAAUGCCUCAGACACUAAACUCAUCAUCAAAUGCUGGGAGUAGUUCUAAUGUAAAUGAUGUCUCCCUUGAACUCACUCUUGGUUAA